UCUCCCGCGGCAGCCGCCCGCCCGCCCGCCCGCCCCGCGCAUGGGCGCCCGGCCGCAGGGGGCCUGACCCCGCCGCCAGGUCCGCUCGCCGCGCAUGGCGGCCCGCGCGCCCCCCGCCGCACCUGCGGCCGAGGAGCCGGGGGGCCCCGGCAGCCCCCCGCGCAGGAAGAAGUCCCGCUCCGGCCUCCGCCGCGCCUUCAACUGGCUGCGGGGCAAGCGGCGCAAGAAGAAGGCGGCGGGGGCCGAGAGCGCCGAGCCGGCCGCCCCCCGGGCCAAGAAGGCGGACGACAAGGCCAGGAGGGCCAAGGGCAAAGGCCGAGGUUCAGCCAAGGCUGAGAGCGACAAGCGUCUAAGUGUAGGGCCCGGCCAGGGGCCAGGGUCUGCGGUGGACGAGCACCAGGACAAUGUCUUCUUCCCCAGUGGGCGGCCGCCUCACCUGGAAGAGCUGCACACACAGGCCCAGGAGGGGCUCCGUUCCCUGCAGCACCAAGAAAAACAGAAGUUGAACAAGGGUGGCUGGGACCAUGGAGACACCCAGAGCCUCCAGUCCUCCAGGACCGGGCCGGAUGAAGACAGCAUCUCCUUCUGCAGCCAGACCACGUCCUACACGGCUGAGAGCUCCACGGCAGAGGAUGCUCUCUCCAUCCGCACAGAGAUGAUCCAGCGCAAAGGCUCCACCUUCCGACCUCAUGACUCAUUUCCCAAAUCGUCUGGGAAGUCAGGGCGGAGGCGGCGGGAACGGCGGAGCACGGUGCUGGGACUGCCGCAGCACGUGCAGAAGGAACUCGGCCUGCGGAAUGAGCGUGAGGCACCAGGGACUCCUCGGCCUCCUGGUCCACGGGAUGCUGUACGAAUCCCCACGGUGGACGGCCGCCCCACGCGUCUGGCCUCAGGAGCAGGCGUCCGGGUGUCCCUGCAGGCGCUGGAGGCAGAGGCGGAGGCUGGGGCCAAGGCAGAGGCCAUGCUGCAGCGCCACAUCCAGCGCUUCUACCGGGAUGACACCUUUGUUGGCCGGUCCACAGGGGCUCAGCCCCCACCGAUUCCCCGGCCCAUGUCCCUCGCAGUGCCUGGACUGACAGGAGGGGCGGGGCCUCUAGAGCCCCUGAGCCCGGCCAUGUCCAUCUCGCCCCAGGCCACCUACUUGUCGAAACUGAUCCCGCAUGCUGUGCUGCCGCCUACAGUGGACGUGGUGGCCCUGGGCCGCUGCAGCCUGCGCACACUGAGCCGCUGCAGCCUGCUCUCGGCCAGCCCGGCCUCUGUCCGCUCGCUCGGCCGCUUCUCCUCGGUCUCCAGCCCACAGUCCCGCAGCCGCCACCCUUCCUCCUCCAGUGACACCUGGAGCCACUCUCAGUCCUCCGAUACCAUCGUGUCUGACGGCUCCACCCUGUCCUCCAAGGGUGGCUCAGAGGGCCGGCCGGAGGGCUCUGUAGCCAGCAGUAGUGUGGCACCCCCGCCUCAGGGGGGCAGCGGGAGGGGCUCUCCCAGUGGGGGCAGCACUGCCGAGGCCUCGGACACUGUCAGCAUUCGGAGCAGCGGGCAGAUGUCUAGCCGGAGUGUGUCCCUGCGUAAGCUGAAGCGGCCCCCACCGCCUCCCCGCCGGACCUACUCACUCCGCCAGCGGGGCUCAGCGGCCCCUGACGGGCCCUUGGGGUUGCCCCCCAAGCCAGAGCGGAAGCAGCAGCCACAGGCGCCUCGGCCGCCCACCACUGGUGGGCCAGAAGGGACGGGGGCAGCACCCUGUCCGUCCAGCUCGGCAGGCGGCUGGGUGCCUGGCUUGUCUCCAGGCGGCUCCCGCCGCCCCCCACGCUCCCCGGAACGGACGCUCUCACCCUCCAGUGGAUACUCUAGCCAAAGUGGUACCCCUACCCUCCCUCCCAAGGGUCUGGCGGGGGCCCCUGCUUCCCCAGGCAAGGUCCAACCCCCUAAACCCGAGCGUGUCACUUCCCUCCGAUCUCCUGGGGCCUCUGUCUCCUCCUCCCUCACAUCUCUGUGUUCCUCCUUCUCUGACCCAGCCCCCUCAGACCGUUCUGGUCCCCAGAUAUCGACCACCCUUGGUGACAGGUUUGUCAUACCUCCUCACCCCAAGGUGCUGGCCCCCUUCUCCCCACCCCCCUCCAAGUCCAAGGGUCCUAACCAAGCUGCCCCUGCUCCGGCCGCCCCUGCUCCGGUCCCUGGGCCUGUCUCUACCACGGAUGUCAGUCCUGAGCCCUCUUCCGCCCCCCAGGCAUCCCUGACUCCAGCACAGGAGUCUCCUAUUGCCUCCAAAGACCCGUCACCCCCACCCUCCCCGCCCCCAUCUUAUCAUCCACCCCCUCCACCCACUAAGAAACUAGAGGUGGUUGAGGAGGCCCCAUCUGCCCCAGAGACUGAGGAGCCCCUCCAAGACCCCAACUGGCCCCCACCCCCACCGCCUGCACCCGAGGAGCAGGACCUGUCCAUGGCUGACUUCCCGCCCCCAGAGGAGGCCUUCUUCUCUGUGGCCGGCCCUGAGCCUGAAGGCCCUUCAGAACCCCCAGCCCUUGUCAACUCCCUGGCUGAUUCACCCUCAGCGACUGUCUCUUCUCAGAGGCAGCCCCAUGGUACCCUAGAUUCUCCAGCUCCGCCAGCCCCCCCUGCUGGUUCUGUCACAGGGCUGGCCAAGCUCCCUCGGAAGGAACCCGCGGGCUGCAGCAAGGGCAAUGGGGCUCCCAGGGAGGAUGCCGGUGCGCCCCUGGUCACGCCCUCCCUCCUGCAGAUGGUUCGACUGCGUUCUGUGGGUGCUCCCACUGUGGCUCCAACCCCAGCAUUGGGGCCAUCAGCCCCCCAGAAGCCACUACGAAGGGCCCUAUCGGGGCGGGCCAGCCCAGCACCUGCCCCUUCCCCAGGGCUCCAUGCUGCCGUCCGACUCAAGGCCUCCAGUCUGGCUGCCAGUGAGAGUCUUGUGAAUGCCCAGCCCAAUGGGCCGCCUGAGGCAGAGCCACGGUCUCCUCAGUCCCCUGCCUCCACGGCCAGCUUCAUCUUCUCCAAGGGCACGAAGAAGCUGCAGUUGGAGCGGCCCGUGUCCCCUGAGAACCAGGCUGACCUCCAGCGGAAUCUCGUGGCUGAACUCCGGAGCAUCUCAGAGCAGCGGCCACCCCAGGCCUCAAAGAAGCCACCCAAGGCUCCCCCACCUGUGGCCCGCAAGCCCUCCGUGGGAGUACCCUCCCCCACAUCCCCCAGCUUUCCUCGGGCUGAGCCCCUGGCUGCUCUUCCGAGCAAUGGGCUCCCUCAUGUCGAGGGCAGGACUAAGGGGGAGCCGGCCGAGAAUGGAGGUGUUGUGCAGCUGGUGGGCCUAGAGGAGAAGCUGGGCCCGCCUGGCUCAGACCCACAGAAAGAGCUGGUCUAACCACCGGGCACCUCCCUGGCACUGCUGACCCAUCCCAGGAAUACAAUCUCAGGGACCUGAGCAGCUCCGAGGAUGAGAGGAAACGGCAGACCCUUAACCUAACAGAGAGGAUGCCUGCAGCCUUAACCUCCACGGCCUUCAACAUUUAUGCAAGCCUGGCGUUGACCCUGUCCUCCAAGUCAUCCAGCUCUCAUGCCUUUUCCCGAACGGAGUCACCUCUGGCGGCUGCCACUUCAGUCUUGGCCUUAGCCUCAUCUUGAAGGAGGUAGCUGGUGGGAGCGGGUGGCUGUGCCCCAUGCUGGCCCUGAGGCCAGAGUUGGGAGCAGAACACCUCACUUGAGUUUGUGUUUUUUUAUGUCCAAAUCAUGCACAUACUGUAGUCCAGAAUCAAAGCACUUUUGCGAAGAGACUGCAUGGCCAUCCUCCAGGGCCCAUGAAGCCGCGUUCCAAGGGCCUGUUUACAUGGCGGCAGCAUCAGUUAUAGCCAGCCCUCUGCUGGGACCAUCCUCUUCCUCCCACCCAGUUUGCUCCUUUUCUGAGUUCUUGGAGGUGGGCAAGUCAUUGUAUUCCCCCCAGGCUGGAGUUAGGAGUGAGGCUGUGGAAUUCCAAAGCACAAAAGGUGCAGCGAGGGUUAGCCUUCCUGUGCCUCAACUUACCACCAACCACCCUCCUGCCUUCCAGCAAUGCUAGGUGCUCCGUGCAGGGAACAGUGGGAGACUGCCAGGGCCCAAAUGGGUGGGGAGACAAAGAACCAGAGAGGGGGUCCUCAGGCUCUCCGGAGAGAACAGAAUAGGGAGUCAUCUCAGGGGACACUGGCAUCUGUUCCUUGUUCUACCUGGUCAGACAGGAGCCCACAGGCUGUGUCCCUUUCAGCUGGUCAGAAGUACUGAGGAGAGGAUGCAGGGGAGGGUCUGGCAGGGGGAGAGCUUAUUUGGGCAGUGGGCCCAGUCCCAGCCCUACAGAUUUCAUUUUCUGGCCUUUCUUUCCUCGCCUGGGUUCAUGUCCUCUGUGCAGCUGCUUUCAGCCCAGGUGGUUCCACUGGGGGGAGCUGAUGCUGAGUGACAAGGAUGGGAAGCCAAAGGUGCAUUCUAUUCCAGACUCUUCCCUUGUCAAUAGAUGGGGGCACUCAGUGCUCCAUGGGGGCAGGCUGGGUGAUUGCCCCCAGACAUCAGUGUCUGCUACUGAUCUCUCCUCCAGGAAUUUUAAUGAUCUUCCUGUUUUCAGCCUGUGCCACCUAUCUAGGGAGGCUGGCUUCCCGCUGGCCCCUAUGGCUCCAGUGACCCAGGCUGGAGUCUGGCAAGGAACCUUGCCAUUAGCUGUUUUCCUCCCACCAAGGAGAGCUUGACCUCAUUCCAGAAUAAGAGCGGAGAAACGGGAUGUGGUACGAGAGCCCAGGUUCCUCUGGCCCUCUCUCACCGCUUCCUCCCUGGAGCUGUCAACCGAUGUUCUUCCCUUGCCCUUUGGGUAAUGAGCUGCUGCUAGGGACGCAUUGUGCCUGCCCAGUUGAGUUGGGGAAAGAUGGUCAAUAAACAUCGCUCUGCUCAGCUCCUGAUCCAAACCCCCGAGAACCAGGUCCUGGUAGCAGCCUCUGAGAUGCUGGAGGUGGGAGGGAACCCAAAUUCUCUUUCCCUCCCUGCUGUCAAUGUCACCGAGCCCCUUUUCCUCAGUCAGUCUUCUGAGCUUAUUUCCCCACUGGGUGGGACAGUACGGAGAAGGGAGGACCUAGAAGCAACCCUUCUUUGUCCUCUGGGGUGAAAGAGCUUGAUCUAGUGCAAAUGGAGAGACCAAAAGCCUCUGAUUUUUAAUUCCCAUAAAAAUGUUAGAAGUAUAUAUAUAUAUAUUUCUUUAAAUUUUUGAGUCUUUGAUAUGUGUGUACAAACAAUCCAUUCCCUCUGUCCUGAAGCCUGAAUGAGACACAUGAAAAGCUGUUUCAAAGGUGUUAAUUAAAUGAUUAAGACUUGGCUGUG